AUGUCACGUGUCCAUCACGAGGUUCCCUUUCGGCGUCGGUUGUGGAAUGUCCGUUGGGGGAUUGGUGACUGCGAGACUGCUCUUUCCUCAAAUGCAGUUGCAGGACUCAAUGGGGGCCGUUUUGCCACGGACGAGGGAGGAGCUGACGGCGAAGGAUUUACAAGGCAGAGUGACAGAACAUCGCAGUCGACCCUCGACACUCGUAGCGGAUCUUCUACCGUCCGUUUUCCUAACCAAAUAUCAUCAGUUUUCUUGGCUUGUGGACGAGGCAGUUCGUUUUAUUUAGUCAGUCGAGAAACACCUGACACCAUGGCGAGGUUACCUUUGAGUAUCCAGGCCAUUGAGUCCAGCUGUUGCGUUACUGUGCCCGACAACAAGAAACGGAAAGCAUAUUCAAUAUGGAUGUGGGUCCUCACUUUCUUCAUUUACUGUUCAUACCACCUCUCAAGGAAACCAAUUUCGGUCGUAAAAAACGUCUUAAACCAGAACUGCACCGACCUGACUCCACCAGUGCCGAAUCCAAAUAAUUCACAUUGGUGCGACUGGAAACCCUUUGGUGAGUUUGAUGCAGUGUUUUAA